GUUUUCUCCCUUGAUGGACCUGCUGUGAAGUUCCUCUGGUCCCCUGCUCAUCAUUCCUGCUUCUUCUGAUGGCUUUUGCAUCUCCGCCGGCCUCUCCUCCGGAUGAGGAUGGCCAGGCCCGCGCGCCGCGCUAUCCCGGCGAGGAUACAACGCCCACCAGCCGCCAGGAAAUCUGGGGAUGGUACGCCUAUGGUAUCGCUGCUGAAGUGUUUGCGGUAUGCGGCGUAGGCUCAUUCCUUCCCCUCACACUGGAGCAAUUGGCCCGUGAGCGCGGGUUCCUCCAAAGCAGCCAUUUGCCGUGCGUCGGUCCCGACUCGCCCUCCGCGCCCAAGGAAUCUUCUCCAGCCAUGUUUCGCCGCGAUGACACCAAUGAGCAGUGUGUGGUUGGACUGAUGGGAUUGGAGAUCAACACGGCCAGCUUCGCCAUGUAUACUUUCUCUCUGGCGGUUCUGGUGCAGGCGUUGACUCUGAUCUCAUUCAGCGCCCUGGCAGACUAUGAGAACAAUCGCAAGACGCUUCUUGUCGCAUUUGGAUUUAUCGGAUCAGCAACAAGCAUGCUAUUCGUUUUCGUCGCGCCUCCAGUAUUCGUACUGGGGGCGCUUCUAGUCGUCGUUGGAGUCGUCUGUCUCGGCUCAUCCUUCGUCGUACUAAAUUCCUUCCUACCAGUACUCGUCGCCAAUGACCCCUCCAUCCAGAACAGUAACAAGGAAUCCGCCGCUGAACUGCAUCGGCUCGACCCAGAAGCCGAAUACGUGCACGCCCGCACAUCCUUUGAUAGGGACGAACCAAACCAUCGCCCUCCAACCGGGCUCGGUCUAGGCGGCGCAACAGGCAUUUCCUCCCCAGAAUUGCAGUUGUCCACCAAGAUCUCCUCCAAGGGCGUUGGUCUCGGCUACUGCGCAGCAGUGUUUGUCCAAAUACUCAGUAUCCUACUGCUCUUCACCCUAUCCAAAACCUCGAUCUCCAAGGCCUCUGGCACGCUUCCUUUGCGCUUCGUGCUCCUGCUCGUUGGCAUCUGGUGGUUUAGCUUCACCAUGGUGAGCCGGCGCUGGCUGCGCAGCCGUCCCGGACCACCCCUCGAAUCUACUUCAACGGGCGCAAACAGCCGCCAACCACGCUGGCGCAUCUGGCUUCACCUCGUCGCCUUCGCGUGGAAAUCACUGUGGAAAACGGUGAAAAUAGCUCUCAAACUCCGUGAAGUGAUCGUUUUCCUCGUGGCGUGGUUCCUCCUGUCAGACGCAAUGGCCACCGUCUCCGGUACGGCAAUCCUCUUCGCCCGCACCGAACUCAAGAUGAGCACAACCAUGGUUGCCCUUCUUUCUAUCACCGCAACACUUUCCGGUAUGGCAGGAGCGUUCCUGUGGCCUAUUGUCUCCCGGUACUUCGGUCUCAAGUCCAACCAUACCAUCAUGGUCUGCAUUGCGUUGUUUGAACUCAUCCCGCUUUAUGGUAUGCUUGCAUACAUCCCUCUAUUUAAAAACUGGGGCGUGAUCGGAUUGCAACAGCCAUGGGAAAUCUAUCCCCUUGCCAUUGUGCAUGGAGUCGUUUCCGGUGGAUUGUCUUCCUACUGUCGGAGUUUCUUCGGGUUAUUGAUUCCUCCCGGUAUGGAAGCUGCAUUUUAUGCACUUUACGCUGCAACAGACAAGGGGAGCUCGUUUAUCGGACCUGCAAUCGUUGGGGUGCUUAUCGAUGCAACCGGACAGGUACGAAGUGGGUUCUUCUUCAUUGCGGUGUUGAUUGUCUUACCUAUUCCUCUGGUAUGGAUGGUGGAUGCGGAGAAGGGAAGAAAAGAGGGACUCAAGAUUUCAGAGGAUAUGGUGAGGGGUGGAGAGGGUGAGGAUGAGGAAGUGGAGGGAUUGCUGGCUAGGUAGAUAACGUUAGACGGUGAGGAUAGACUGUCUCGGAAAUGAGUUAUGGAAGGAAUGAGGAAUGAGAAGAAUUUUAAAGAUCACAAAUGUUAUCGAUGGGAAUAACGCUUGCAUGAGCACGUGAUUAUUUAUAUCUCUAUAUUCACUGUUACUAUGAUGUGCUCAUGUGCAAGUCACGAACAUAGUAGUGACGGUAAAUGUCACUCAUCGUCAUCUACAACCACCAC